AUGCCUCCCAAAAACACUUAGAGUGGAUUCAUGUCUGUAGAAUAGAGAUCAGAAAUAGGAGAUUUCUCUAGACAUACUCCAGCAAGAUCACUUGCAUAACCUCGUAAUAGAUCGAUUCUAGCUACAGCAUCAAGGAGAACAGGAACAUAAUCUUAACAUUCUCCAACAAGAAUGACUGUUGAAACACAUGAAGCAGUAUAUUGGGGAACAAAUAUUGAUGAAAGAGCUAUUGAAAAAUAAUUUGAUAGAUUUUUAAAAGAAUAUAGAUCUGGAGGAAUGGAAUAUUAUAUGAGUCAAUUGAAUUAAUUAAAUGAAACAGAUUAAUUCAUCUUAAAUAUUGAUGGCAGACAUUUAUUAGAAUUCAAUAAUCAUUUGUAUUAACAAUUAAUUCAUUAUCCAGCAGAAAUAAUUCCAAUUUUUGAUACUGUAGUAUAAAAAGUGUUUUAUGAUGAUUUUUUAUCUUUAAAAGCAAGAAAUGAAUAAGAGAGAGAAGAAUUUAGAUUAUAUGCAUAAAGAUUACUAAUAGGUAUUAUAAAUCUGGAGAGGAAUGUUUAAGUGAGAGAAUUGAAUCCAAAGGAUAUAAAUAAAUUAAUAAGUGUAACAGGAAUAGUAAUUAGAUGUAGUGAAUUAUAUCCUGAUAUGAAAUAAGCUACAUUCAAAUGCACUAAAUGUGGUCAUAUAGUAGGAGUAAAUAUUGAAAGAGGAAGAGUUGAAGAACCUAUUAGUUGUUAAAGAUGUAGAGACAAGAAUUCCUAUGAACUCAUACAUAAUCUCUGUUAAUUUACAGAUAAAUAAUAUGUUAAAUUGUAAGAAUAACCUGAAAAUGUACCUGAAGGUUAUACACCAUAAACUGUAAACUUAGUACCUUAUGAUUAUAAUGUGGAUGAUGUGAAACCAGGAGAUAGAAUUAUUGUUGUAGGUGUUUAUAGAGCUGCUCCUAUUAGAUAAACUAAAAAUAGAAGAGUUUUAAAAUCUAUUUAUAAUACAUUUAUUGAUGUUAUAUCAUAUCAAAAAGAAACUAAAAUUGAAUAAGAAAAAACUAAAAACAUUACUGAAGAAUAAAAAUAAAAAUUAAUGUAUCUUUCUUAAUAACCAAAUAUUUAUGAUAUACUAGUUAAAUCUAUUGCACCAUCUAUUUGGGAAAUGGAGGAUGUUAAAAAAGGAGUACUUUGUUAAUUGUUUGGAGGAACUAAUAAAGAAUUUUCUUAAGCAGGUAAAGGUAGAUUUAGAGCAGAUAUUAAUGUUUUAUUAGUAGGUGAUCCAUCAACAAGUAAAUCUUAAAUAUUAUAAUGUGUUCAUUAAUUAUCAAGUAGAGGAAUUNACAAGAAUGACUGUUGAAACACAUGAAGCAGUAUAUUGGGGAACAAAUAUUGAUGAAAGAGCUAUUGAAAAAUAAUUUGAUAGAUUUUUAAAAGAAUAUAGAUCUGGAGGAAUGGAAUAUUAUAUGAGUCAAUUGAAUUAAUUAAAUGAAACAGAUUAAUUCAUCUUAAAUAUUGAUGGCAGACAUUUAUUAGAAUUCAAUAAUCAUUUGUAUUAACAAUUAAUUCAUUAUCCAGCAGAAAUAAUUCCAAUUUUUGAUACUGUAGUAUAAAAAGUGUUUUAUGAUGAUUUUUUAUCUUUAAAAGCAAGAAAUGAAUAAGAGAGAGAAGAAUUUAGAUUAUAUGCAUAAAGAUUACUAAUAGGUAUUAUAAAUCUGGAGAGGAAUGUUUAAGUGAGAGAAUUGAAUCCAAAGGAUAUAAAUAAAUUAAUAAGUGUAACAGGAAUAGUAAUUAGAUGUAGUGAAUUAUAUCCUGAUAUGAAAUAAGCUACAUUCAAAUGCACUAAAUGUGGUCAUAUAGUAGGAGUAAAUAUUGAAAGAGGAAGAGUUGAAGAACCUAUUAGUUGUUAAAGAUGUAGAGACAAGAAUUCCUAUGAACUCAUACAUAAUCUCUGUUAAUUUACAGAUAAAUAAUAUGUUAAAUUGUAAGAAUAACCUGAAAAUGUACCUGAAGGUUAUACACCAUAAACUGUAAACUUAGUACCUUAUGAUUAUAAUGUGGAUGAUGUGAAACCAGGAGAUAGAAUUAUUGUUGUAGGUGUUUAUAGAGCUGCUCCUAUUAGAUAAACUAAAAAUAGAAGAGUUUUAAAAUCUAUUUAUAAUACAUUCAUUGAUGUUAUAUCAUAUCAAAAAGAAACUAAAAUUGAAUAAGAAAAAACUAAAAACAUUACUGAAGAAUAAAAAUAAAAAUUAAUGUAUCUUUCUUAAUAACCAAAUAUUUAUGAUAUACUAGUUAAAUCUAUUGCACCAUCUAUUUGGGAAAUGGAGGAUGUUAAAAAAGGAGUACUUUGUUAAUUGUUUGGAGGAACUAAUAAAGAAUUUUCUUAAGCAGGUAAAGGUAGAUUUAGAGCAGAUAUUAAUGUUUUAUUAGUAGGUGAUCCAUCAACAAGUAAAUCUUAAAUAUUAUAAUGUGUUCAUUAAUUAUCAAGUAGAGGAAUUUAUACAUCAGGUAAAGGAUCAUCAGCAGUUGGUCUAACUGUUUAUGUAUCUAGAGAUCCAGAAACAAGAGAGAUCAUCUUAGAAUCUGGAGCAUUAGUACUUAGUGAUAUGGGUAUUUGUUGUAUUGAUGAAUUUGAUAAAAUGGAUGAUAAUGCUAAAACUAUUUUACAUGAAGCUAUGGAAUAAUAAACUAUUUCUGUAGCCAAGGCUGGUAUAGUAAGUUAGUUAAAUGCCAGAACUGCUGUUUUAGCUGCUGCUAAUCCACUCAAAUCUAGAUAUGAUGUCAAAUAAUCAGUUGUUUAAAAUAUUAAUAUGCCACCAACUAUUUUAUCUAGAUUUGAUCUUAUUUAUCUAGUACUUGAUGAAUUCAAUGAAAAAAGAGAUGAAAUGUUAGCAUAUCAUAUUUUAAAUAUGUAUUCUCUAAAAGACAAGCAAGAUUAUUUAAAUUAAAUUGAAGAAGAAGGAAAUACAGAUAUAAUUGAUAGAGAAACUUUGUAUAGUUAUAUAUGUUAUGCAAAAUAAAACAUAUUUCCAAGACUGACUGAAGAAGCACAAAAUGAAUUAAUUGCAGCUUAUGUUAAAAUGAGAAGUGCAGGAAAUUCUUCUAAUACUAUAACUGCUACACCAAGAUAAUUAGAAUCCUUAAUUAGAUUAUCUGAAGCCUUGGCAAAAAUGUAAUUCAACUAAAGAGUUGAAAAUUAUCAUGUUUAAGAGGCAGUUAAAUUAAUGGAAACUGCUAUGAAAAAAGCAGCUCUUGAUCCUAUUACUGGUAAAUAUUACAUUUUAUUUCUAGGUAAAAUUGAUAUGGAUUUAUUGGCAACUGGUAGAUCCAAUGCUUCAAGAGAAUUAGUUUCUAAGUUUAUUGUUGAAAUCACUAAUUUAAUUAAAGCCAAUUUAUCUGAUUACAGAGGAUAAGGUGUCAGAUUUUUUGAUUNUUUAUUGAUGUUAUAUCAUAUCAAAAAGAAACUAAAAUUGAAUAAGAAAAAACUAAAAACAUUACUGAAGAAUAAAAAUAAAAAUUAAUGUAUCUUUCUUAAUAACCAAAUAUUUAUGAUAUACUAGUUAAAUCUAUUGCACCAUCUAUUUGGGAAAUGGAGGAUGUUAAAAAAGGAGUACUUUGUUAAUUGUUUGGAGGAACUAAUAAAGAAUUUUCUUAAGCAGGUAAAGGUAGAUUUAGAGCAGAUAUUAAUGUUUUAUUAGUAGGUGAUCCAUCAACAAGUAAAUCUUAAAUAUUAUAAUGUGUUCAUUAAUUAUCAAGUAGAGGAAUUUAUACAUCAGGUAAAGGAUCAUCAGCAGUUGGUCUAACUGUUUAUGUAUCUAGAGAUCCAGAAACAAGAGAGAUUAUCUUAGAAUCUGGAGCAUUAGUACUUAGUGAUAUGGGUAUUUGUUGUAUUGAUGAAUUUGAUAAAAUGGAUGAUAAUGCUAAAACUAUUUUACAUGAAGCUAUGGAAUAAUAAACUAUUUCUGUAGCCAAGGCUGGUAUAGUAAGUUAGUUAAAUGCCAGAACUGCUGUUUUAGCUGCUGCUAAUCCACUCAAAUCUAGAUAUGAUGUCAAAUAAUCAGUUGUUCAAAAUAUUAAUAUGCCACCAACUAUUUUAUCUAGAUUUGAUCUUAUCUAUCUAGUACUUGAUGAAUUCAAUGAAAAAAGAGAUGAAAUGUUAGCAUAUCAUAUUUUAAAUAUGUAUUCUCUUAAAGACAAGCAAGAUUAUUUAAAUUAAAUUGAAGAAGAAGGAAAUACAGAUAUAAUUGAUAGAGAAACUUUGUAUAGUUAUAUAUGUUAUGCAAAAUAAAACAUAUUUCCAAGACUGACUGAAGAAGCACAAAAUGAAUUGAUUGCAGCUUAUGUUAAAAUGAGAAGUGCUGGAAAUUCAUCUAAUACUAUUACAGCUACUCCAAGAUAAUUAGAAUCUUUAAUUAGAUUAUCAGAAGCUUUGGCAAAAAUGUAAUUCAAUCAAAGAGUAGAAAACUAUCAUGUUUAAGAAGCAGUUAAGUUAAUGGAAACUGCUAUGAAAAAGGCAGCUCUUGAUCCUAUUACUGGUAAAUUUUAAAUUAACUUCUAGGUAAAAUUGAUAUGGAUUUAUUGGCAACUGGUAGAUCAAAUGCUUCAAGAGAAUUGGUUUCUAAGUUAAUUGUUGAAAUAACUAAUUUAAUAAAAGCUAAUUUAUCUGAUUAUAGAGGAUAAGGUGUUAGAUUUUUUGAUUUUGUUGAAUAGGUAUUCAUUAUUAUCAUUAUUUGUUAGAUUAAUACCAUCAUAGCUGCUUAAACAAAUGAAUAAACAAUUAUUGAUAAAAGGCAAUAUUAAAAAGAAAUCUUAGAAGCUCUACAUUUACUUGAAGAAUAAGGUUUUGUCUAGUUACCAGGUGACAGAAAUAAACCAAAAAUAAAAGCUGGUAUUAAAGCUCUUUAAUGA